UCUCCGGCCGCCGGGUGGCGCUGAUGACGCUUGUCGUCUUGGUUUGACGCUUGCUUUGUCCAGUUAGUUCUUUGGUCAUUUGUUUCCGUGUUCCGAUCUGCACAAGGACAAAUUCUGUUCGGUUGUCUUGCGGUUCGAUCAGCAGUGAGUUUCAGUCAUGGCUCGACUGCUGCUGAGGGGCAGUUUGAGGGGGUAUUUCACCUCGCCGCUGCGGAUGGGAUCUGACCAGCUGGGUGAGAUGGGCUCAGGAGCCGGUAAAGGCGGAGGAGCCGGCGGGUCGGUGAGGGAGGCCGGAGGAGCGUUCGGUAAGAAGCAGGCGGCGGAGGAGGAGCGCUACUUCAAGCAGAAGGAGAAGGAGCAGCUGGCAGCUCUAAAGAAACACCAUGAAGAAGAAAUCGACCAUCAUAAGAAGGAGAUCGAGCGUCUGCAGAGAGAGAUCGACAGACACAAGGGCAAGAUCCGAAAACUCAAACACGACGACUGAAGCUCGUCAUCGUCAUCAUCAUCAUACGUCACUCCCUGUGCCUGAGAGAGUCUCUCUGUCUGCCUGUAACCCGCCACAAUCCAGUGCUUUAUGAAUAAAUGUUUGCAAUAAUAGAACAAGUAUGAAAUGAUUUGCAUAUGAAAAAUAAACUGUUCUGAGUUUAUCUGAA